AUCCACUCUUUCUUGCCCCCGUCAAGUCAAAUCCUCCUCCUCCUCCUCCUCCUCCUCCUCGUCGCCCGCUGCCCACCAUGGUGUACGAUGCUUUGGAGCAGCACGAUCGCGACGACCACGACGAGUCCGACUACGAUGAUGCCUCCGUCACCUCAGGCUCUCCCAGUCCGGGCCUCGCUUCACCAGAUCUCAACGGCAGCGCUUCCAAAAAUAGCCUUGGCCAUGGGGAGAACAUCCUCAAUGCCGCAGAGUCGGCGAGUGCGCGCGCCCUGAGCAGCAUUGUGCAGUCAAUCACCUCGCGCACCACCAUGACCAGCAGCGUCUACGAUAUGGUCGAGGACGACGACUACGACGAGCCGCAACGAAUCUCCCCGACCCCGUCAACGCCAGAAGAGCAUGCCCACGUCCAGGGAUCGCCAACCGAUGAGGCGUCUGGCCCUUCGAGCAUUCCUCAGCCACGGCCCUCAGGCCCCAGCACUCUAUCCGAACCCAUCCUGCGCUCGCCGUCCGGCCGGAGUCUGCCUCUCCAACAUCCUACUCCCGACCUGCAGACGCUUCAGGGGGCGUACACGGGGAACAUCGAGCAUCUGGAGAAGACGGCCGAGCGACUGAGCAUGACCUCGUCAAUUGAUGAUGCUAUCCGCGCCCUGCAGGCCGAGCAGAAGCGGAACGACAGCCGCAGAUCCUCUCUGAUGUCUCUAGCUGAGAUGCCACCGGUAUCACGACAAGUCUCGCACGCAUCCUCGAUUGUCGAAACAAAUAGUCUUGCAAGAUCAGGGGGAUAUUCACCUGCAGGCUUCAUGAUGUCUCCUAAAGGGUCUUUCACGGCGAGCGGCAGGGGAAGGUCUGCAUCAAAGAGUUCACGGUUUAGUUCUCGUCCGGAACCCGAGCUAGAGGGCCGACCUCUUGAUUCUUUCGUGAAUCGUACAUCAGAGAUGUCCCCGGUCGUCUCCCGGCAAGCGUCUAUUGCUGAAGACCAAGGAUUUCCGACUCUCACAAGGCAGGUGGUGGACCUUCUCGACAAUCAGAUGGGAACCCCUGAAGUGAAGGAGGAGGUGGAACGGCCGCCAACAUCUGCUUCGGGCAACACACUCGACCAGGCACAGAAGAUGUUUGCGGAUUUCGAUGGCGUCCAUUCAGCCCCGAGGCAGAGAUCAAUGUCUGCAAGUGUACACUUGGACGGAUCUGGCAUGGCUCAGAGGGGAGAAGCUUCAGGUGGUGUGCUCUCAGGCCCUGCGAGCGUUGCAGGUGAUCAGCAGAGCAUGUCUGCGAAAGAACGACUGUCAAUGCAACAACCUCUAUCAUAUGAAGAUCCAGUUACAGGACAACAGAUGGUAUACUAUCCAGCACCUGUGCCCAUGAUGCUUAAUCUGCCACAGAAGCUAUCUAAGAUGCCAUCAUCAAUGGCCAGAAACAAGAGGAGAGCACAGGUCCUCAGCAAUCUACCUCCAGGGGCCCACCAGUCCGCAAUAUGGCUACCGGACGUUUUGGAGAUCGAGAACGAACCGAACUUGCCAGAAGAUGACGAGGCUCAGCAACUCGAAUAUGUACCGCAGCAUCAUCGGACGAGCGUUGGAGGGAGACGGCUCACCCAGGAUAUUCGACAUGUACCCCCACAAUUGAGGGCCAAUGUCUUCUUCGAACUUCAAGGAGUGGAGCAGAUAGUGGAUAUAAAGGAGCAAUCUGCUGUGGCGACACUGGAUAGUAUCCUCGACGCAUCUGCGCAUGCUCCAGUGAGCGCCUUCACGGAUCAUGCAUUUGCUGGUCACCUUGGUGCGGAAGUCUACGGGAAGCCAAAGAACAGCAAAAGUUCUACGAAUCUGCUUGCGCCAGAUGAUAAAGCUAAGAAGCGGACAAGCUCUUUCAACCUGCUCCGCGGCCGACGGGCGAGCAGUAGCGAUCUCUUGGAAUCCGAGAACGAGAAGAGACGGGCUACGAUUGCAGAUAUUAGGUCGGGGAGAAUUAUCCGCGAUGACGAUGAGGAGGAAGAAGAAGAGGAAGAGGAUGGAGCAGCGGAGCAUGGAAUUAGGCCAGAUGAGGAAGAAUAUCAUGGGCCACCAACGACGCUUCUCGCUGAAUUACAAUUACGAAAACAGCAACAGAAGCAUCGUACUCGGCCAUUGACUGCUGCAUUCCCUAACGGCUUACAUUCAACUCUCUUGGAACUCGAUGCUGUCGCACAACAUUCGCAGAAGACGAGGAAACAGAAGAGGGUCACUCUAGCUUGGGAAGAUCCAUCGGCAGAAGAGGCAGGGAAUUCCGAUGACGACGAUGAAGACGUCCCAUUGGCCUUGUUAGUUUCCAAGAAGGCGCUGGGUCAAGAGCUCAACCGUCCUCUAGGGUUGUUGGAACGCCGCGAGCUGGAAGAUAACGAGCCCUUAAGUAAGCGACGAGACCGACUACAAGGCAAAUUGAAGAUGAAUCGGGCUUCCACAAUGAUGAAUCUGACUACACCCAAUUUUGGGGAAGCUGCAACAUCACAAGUCAGUCUCGGCAAGGAGGGUGAAGAAUCAGGGGCCGCUCUGCCCUCGGCUCGGCCCGUUAGUGGCGAUUUUGCAACCGAGAUGAUGAGCCAGUUUGGCGGUGAUCUGCUCGAUGGGAAGAACGGGGACGCAAAAGGGAAAGGAAAAGAAUCCCCUGUGCCCGAAGACGAGGAGACAUUGGGCCAGCGUCGCAAACGUCUACAAGCCGAGGCUCAAGCACGAGCUAAGGAAGUUGGCCAGAACGGUGGAGCCCAGAGCACCGGAUCCGAAGAACACCCACCACUCUCAAAGAGAUACAGCCUGGCCGAUGUCCUACAAGCCCAUCCAGCGGCAGGUUCGGCGCGUCCCCCAUCAUAUACCAGACCUCCCACCACGGGUCUUCUAGGCCUACACGAAAAGGUCAGCGCACAACGGUCUAGCACCAUGCUCAACCUCUCCUCCCAAGCAUUCCCCAACUCGCGCCAAUCCUACGCCCCAACCGGAGGCUUCCGGAACGGGAUCUACAACGACGGCCAAGGCGGCAUCAUCCCUCGACAACCGCAACAGCGCCCAAGCACCUACAACCCCUACAACGCGGGCGGCUUCCCGCAGCCCAGUCUCGGCGUCGGCUACGGCGCGGGCUACGGCGCGGGUUUCGGCAACCCGAUGUUCGCGAACCCGUACGCGGGGAUGGGAUACGCGGCGCCGGGGUAUGCGCCGGGGUUCAACGGCAUGGCCAUGGGAUACAUGCCGCAGAUGCCGAACGCGAUGAUGGGCAUGAACAUGUUGAAUUUCCAGCAGCCGCUUAAUCAGGGCCAGAUCGAGAUGGUGGAGAGGUGGAGACAGAGCGUUAUGCAAUGAUCUCCUCACGAGUGAUGAGAAGAAAAAGCAAAAUCAAAAUCAAAAACAAAAGUUAAUAAAAAAGGGAUGGAUAUUCGAUCAGGAUAGGAUGCACGUAAUGUAUGACGAAACGCACACACGGAGAGAGGCCAGAGCCAGAGACAGGCAGGCAGGCAGGCAAGCAAGGAAGGGGUUGCAUAAUAUCCGGCGUUCUUCCCAUUCAUUCCUCAACCAAACAAAGCAUACGGCAUACGGCAUAGCCAGCUAGCAGCUAGCCCUUCUUCUUCUUCCGCUAUGCUAGGCUAGCUUUAUUGUAUUGUAUUGUAAUUAUUGUAUUACUUCACUUCACUUCCCCCCGUUCUUUUUCUUUGGUGGGAAUGCAUAGCAGAGGCGUUUUUAUUUCAUUGCGGAGCUGUGGGUUGGUGGGUGGAUGGGUAGGGUAGGAUAGGAUAGAAAUAAUAGAUGGGAAUGAUACAUUAAUUCU